UGCGCUCCUCUUUUCUUCUUUAUUGUGCUGUAUAUCGAGUGAAACGCUUCUCAAACAAGAACAAAUGUAGGGCGGGGCUUGAUUUUGUCUGUGGGGAAUUGAUUGGAUGGUUGUGGUUUGCUAUUGGUGGAUCUCAUGUGAGUGACAGGUGGCCCCGCCCUCAUCAUCAGAAUUAUUCUGUUAUUCUGAUUCAAGAUUACGAGGAACAUGAAUUUAACACAAUGAUGAUGUGAACCGAUAAAUCAUUUAGAAUAAACACUGAAAUAUUCCAUUAAAAUAAGAAUUGUCAAUGUUGAUUUCAUCGUGACUUUAAACUAUCAGAGAAAUUCACAGAUGAAUACAAAAACACAUUUUUGCGCAGAAACUAAACUGUGUGUGAUGUGACUUAAAUUUAAAUGUUCAAAAAGUUGAUGGGUCUGAGCUGACAUGAUCUAACAAUGAACAGUUGCGUUUUUAUUAACAAACGUUAAAGAUUAAUAACUACUGUGAUAAAUGUCUUGCUCAUUGUUAGUUACUGCACUAACUAACGUUAACUAAUGGGAGAUUAUGGGAACAACAUUGAUGUAAUUCCAUCAUAACUGAGAUUACUGCAUCAGACGGUGUUUCAUCAUCACUGGAUUUGGUAAUCAAUCACACUCAUGAAUGUGACGGGAGGAGCCAGCGCUCGUGGGAGUGACAGGGAAGGGCUCUUAUAAUUUAAGGGCUCUUUAUACUGUGACACACACACAUCACAAUAUAAAGCACAACACAAACACACACACACACACACAUUCUUCAACAUGAGUGAGAAUCUGAGCACCGUCAGCCGAGAUCAGGCAGGUGUGAUGAAACUGGAUUUUCAGUGUGUGAAAAACAACACUGAUCAUCACACAAAUGAAAUCACGGUGGAGCGUCUGAUCAUCCGCAGAGGAAAAGCCUUCAGUCUGAUCCUCAGCGGCGAGCGUCUGCCUCCAGACGACAUCGAGAUGACUGUGGAGACGGGUCCGGGCGCGAGUGAACAGAAGUGCACACGCUCGUCCUUCAGCACUAACCCGCAGCGCUGCUCUACUCCCGGUAAGCGCUGGAGCGUGACGGUGUUGAACAGAUCAGUCUCCAGUGUCACCCUGUCCGUCAUGUGUCCGUCAGACGCCUGCAUCGGCCUGUACUCGCUGUCGGUCAGGAGCGGCUCCUGCUCCAUCCGGUGUGAGAGAGCCAUCACGGUGCUGUUCAACCCCUGGUGUGAAGAUGACUGGGUGUAUCUGCCGAACGAAGCGGAGAGGCAGGAAUACGUCAUGAAUGAACAGGGAAUCGUGUAUAAGGGAGUGGAUGAAUACAUCACCAGCAUGAGCUGGGACUUCGGUCAGUUUGAGGAAGAUAUAGUGGAUAUCUGUCUGACGAUGCUGGAUUUGAACCCGAAGUGUCUGAAAGACGCACAGGAGGAUUAUUCGGCGCGCUGUAACCCCAUCUACAUCGGUCGAGUGGUCAGCGCCAUGAUAAACUCAGACGAUGAUAAGGGUGUUCUGAUGGGUCAGUGGGGCGAUCGGUACAUCGGAGGAGUCGUUCCGUCCAACUGGAGCAGCAGUGUGGAAAUAUUGAGACGCUGGAUCAAAUAUGACUGUCAUCCGGUCAAAUACGGACAGUGCUGGGUGUUUGCAGCGGUCAUGUGCACAGUGUUGAGAUGUUUGGGGAUCCCGUGUCGCGUCGUCACUAACUUUCAGUCGGCUCACGACACGGAUCAGAACCUCAUCAUUGACGAGUACUUCAGCGACUACGGCGUGAGACCCAAACAAAACCUGGACAGUGUUUGGAACUACCAUGUUUGGGUGGAGGGCUGGAUGAGGCGUCCGGAUCUCUCCAAGGACUCGUUCUACGACGGCUGGCAGGUUCUGGACCCGACGCCGCAGGAGAAGAGCUCAGGCACUUACUGCUGCGGUCCAGCGCCUGUGAAGGCCAUCCUGGAGGGUCACACCGACGUCAAGUACGACGUGCCUUUUGUGUACUCAGAGGUCAACGCAGAUAAAAUCACAUGGUUGGUCAUGGCCAACGGCUCCAAGAAGAUUAUUCACUCAGACACGAAAACUGUCGGGCAGAAUAUCAGCACUAAAGCCGUGGGCAGCAACAGCAGACAAGACAUCACAAAUCAGUACAAGCACCCGGAGGGUUCUGUGAAGGAGAGAGCCGUGUAUGACGAGGCCGUGAAGCGAGUGACUGACCUGAAGCCGAGCGAGACGCCUCGUCCAACCCUACAGAUGAAGAUCAGUCUGGACGAGCCGCCGCUGAACGGCACCGACAUCAAACUCAAGCUCAUUCUGAAGAGCGAGAGCGCACAAGAUCUGUCGCUCAAGAUGAGCGCUCAGGUCAUGAGAUACACGGGAAGCCCAGUGGCCGGCGUCUGGAGCGACUCCACUGACAUCCAACUGCAACCCAACACAGAACAAAUUCUUCCCUUCAUGGUCCCGUUCGCUGCAUACGGACCAAAAAUGCUGGACAACAACUGCAUCAAAGUGUCUGUGAUCUCAACGGGAAAAAACGAGCCGAAAGAGACGUAUCUGGCGGAGAAAGACAUCGUGCCACACAGCCCGACCCUCAAGAUCUCUGUGAGCGGGACUCCUCUAUGGGACGCUGAGAUGAACGCAGAGGUCGUGUUUGAGAACCCUCUCCCCACGGUGCUGAAGAACUGCUCCAUCACGCUCACCGGCAGCGGCCUGCUGAAACAAACCGAGAAGUCCAACGCCGUUGAGCUCGGCCCGGGACAGAGAAUCACUCUGAGGGUGACGUUCAGACCCUACAGACUCGGACCGAGGAAACUGGUGGCCAACUUUGACAGCUCCACCUUCAAAGACAUUAAAGCCAGUCUGGACAUCAACGUCAGACCCGCGAGCUCACCUCUGGGAUACCUCAACUUCAGCAAAUGAGACGACUGGGAAGAACGAAGAAUCAGCUGCACGAAGCUUUUAUUUGCAUGAACAGCAGCCAUGUACAACACAGAGAUGUUCUAUCAUUUAAAGAGCUCAUUUGUGCUGUUAUAAUGAAAAUAAUUAACAGUAAUCUAAUGAUUAUCACCAUUAAAAACAGUGAGAAUGCAUUAUAGUGGAUGACUUUAACAGGCAUGAAAAAGUUGCAGUGUAAUAUGUUACAUUUGUUUAUGUAAUAUGUUACAUUCCUAAACGUUUUUGUCAGCCGAACCCUUUUGAUGUAGGUGUGUAGGCACGUGUUGUAGGUGUUGUUGUUCUUCUUCUUCUCUGGAUGUCUAUUGCAGCCUCUAGAACCGCUUAUGGGAAAAAUAUGAAAUUUGGCACACAGAUAGAAGACAGUCUGAACUGUCACCAUAUCAAAUUUGGAGUCUCUAACUCAAUCGCUCUAGCGCCACCAACUGUCCAAAGUUGCACUCACAUUUAUGCUAAUAACUUUUGAACCGUAAGAGCUAAAACAAAAUUCGAUUGCCGAUCAAAGACGAUUCGAUUGCACCCUGUGACGUCAUGUUCGGUCCAGAAAAUUUGCCCGCCAUUUUGAAUUUUCCAAAAAACCUACUUUUUCUAACUCCUCCUAGGCCGUUGCUCCGAUUAUCACGAAAAUUGAAUCAGAUCAUCUUCACUUGUGGAAUUCAAGCAGAUUUCUCAAACCGUUUUCGAAAAAACGUGCAAAUAAAUUUUAAGUAGAGCUUCCAAAAAUAGACAUCGUAUUUAGACCAAACUUGGUCCAUGUCAUCACAAGCAUGACUUGAGGCUACAUGCUGCGUUUCAGUGGAUAUUUUUGAUUGUAACAUCUGAAUAGUUUACCCAAAAAUCUUAAACAUUACAUUUUCCCAUAUCGGCCAUUUUGGGCGUCAGCCAUUUUGAAUUUUGUAGUAAAAUGUUGUAGUAAAAUGCUUAUAACUUUGGAUGUGGUUACUUAUUUUCAUGAGAUCUCAUUUCCUUAGACUCCUGAAUCCUUGUCCAACGAUACCAAACAUGCUAGGUUUCGCCUUAGUGCAACGUUGUGAUUUAAUGUUUACACAACAUUUGCAAAUACCUUUGAAACCGUUAGUCCAAUCAAGACGAAACCAUCGUACAAAAAUCAGAAUCACUAAACGCUAAUGGCCAAAUGUCAAAAUUUUGAUAGUAAGUGGCAAAAAAAUGCAAUCAAAGUCAGGUGUGGGUAUUAUUUUAUGUUCAUACAUAUGUCUACAACUCUUAAACAAAAUUACACACUUAUGUAUGGGGGCACUCUGAGGACACAAAAAAAAGUGGUGGGACUGCGCCACUUGGUGGCGCUACAAUUGAACAAAAUAUGAAAUUUUGUCUGACUUCAAAAUUGACAUGCAGUGUCUUUGUCUCAGUUGUUAUCAUAGUCUAUUAUGGAAGUCUUCGUCUGCUAGUAGCUUCCUUGUUUGCUUCUGUUGUGCUUGGACCCUUAAUUGCUGCUUGCAGCUAUAUUUGUAAUUUUUAUUUAUAGUUUAAAGGGCUCAAUUGUCCAGCUGUGUUCGAUCUGAAUAAAUAAACAUUUAAAGCAAAA